GUGGUCAUGAAAAAAGAACUGAUGGGACGUGCUUUUGAGUUUCAGCUGAUGUAAAAAACAAGCACAUGUUACUCACCAAUAACCAAAUUAAUAAGCUUGCACUUACCUUGUUCCUUCUCACUGCAAGCUCUUGUGGCCUUGUGGUUUUCAUUUUCUUUUCCCGCAUUUCAGGACACUUGCAGUUUUGUUCAUUUAUGGUCCAGUUUUUGAGUUCAUUUAUUAUGGUUCACUAUUGAAUCAUUCAGCACGGGUGCAAUCCUGAAGAGUAGCGAUGGAAGGGAAAAAUGGAAGGGAAAACUUGAAGAGAGGGAAAGAAGGGAAAGAAAAUUUAUGUAACCAAGCAAUGGAAGUGAAAACUUCAGCCAACCCUAUGGAAUGAAGAGUUCUAAGGCGUACAGGGGUAUUUUAUUUGGGUGGGGAAAUGAUUUUUGCGGUUCGGGUCACCCAAGUUGAUGGCUCAUGGGUAUAUUUUGAAAAAUGGGUAAUUUGAUCUGAUUUGGGCUUUUCCGCCCCCGGGAGGCGUAUAACGGAGGGUAUAUUUGACCCUUUUUCCUUAUAUAUAAAUGAUAUUGGAAUAAUAUAUACUUUUUUUUUUUGUAUUAACCAACAUAAAAAAUAUAUAUAUUUUUUUUUCAUACCAAGUAAUCAAGCUGUCAAUUAAUCAUUCUAAGAGAAGUGGGAUAUUGCUAAAUACUACCAAAAGUGUAGGAGGUAAAGUGGAAAUUACUUGAGUGCUAGUUUUGCAGGACUAGAAACUAGAAAGAAUGGCUGGAGACUAACUGGAAGGAGAAUCUAUCGUAUUGUAUGCAGUGGGGAAUCCAUUGUCCAUCCAUCCAUCCAUCCCCAGGAAAUGGCCGACAGUUCAUCUUCCAUGGUUCGUCUGAAUAUCGGAGGGAAGAAAUUUUGCACAACACUGGAUACCCUCACGCAGCGUGAGCCGGACUCGAUGCUCGCUGCUAUGUUUAGUGGUCGUCAUACUAUAUGCCAGGAGUCAGAGAAGGGUUACGUAUUCGUUGACAGGGACGGAAAGCAUUUUCGCCAUAUCCUUAAUUGGUUGAGGGAUGGUGUAAUUCCACCCCUGAAAGAUUCUGAAUAUGCUCAGCUUCUGCGCGAAGCGGAGUACUAUCAGCUUCUUGGACUAGUAGAUGGAAUUAAAGCUGCCCCUGCCCUGAGUAAGAGGAAGGAGGAUGAGGAGUUGGGUACUGAAUUGACACGCAUUGAUAUUAUCAAAUGCAUACAAUCUGACAGAGUCAGAUUUCGGGGAAUUAAUCUUUCUGGUCUUGAUCUUUCGAAGUUGGACUUGUCAUUUGUGGAUUUCAGCUAUGCAUGUCUGAAAACGGUGUUCUUUUCACGUGCCAAUCUUCAGUGUGCAAAAUUCAGGGAUGUCGAUGCUGAAGCUUCCAUUUUUCACAAUGCCACGUUGCGCGAAUGUGAAUUCACUGGAGCUAAUCUUCGUGGAGCUGUAUUAGCUGGUGCUAAUCUUCAAAGUGCAAAUUUACAAGAUGCUUGUCUAAUAGGCUGUAGCUUUUGUGGGGCGGAUCUUCGUUCUGCUCACCUACAGACAGCUGAUCUUACCAAUGCCAACCUCGAAGGAGCUAAUCUCGAAGGAGCCAAUCUGAAGGGUGCAAAGUUAACCAAUGCAAAUCUGAAGGGUGCAAACCUUCAAAGAGCUUAUCUUCGGCAUGUGAAUCUUCGUGAUACACAUUUGGAAGGGGCGAAGCUUGAUGGUGCCAAUUUACUGGGUGCAAUCAGGUGACACCACAGAUUUGUUCUCACCCCAAACCUCUCCUAGAGUGAUGUUAAAAAAAGAGAGAAGACUACAAAAGGGAAUUGUAUAGAAAUAGUAUCGAGUCUAUAACAUGUACUGACUGUUGUAGCUUAAUUUGGUGGUAUGAAUCUCAAUUCAACUAUGUGUAUGUGUGUAAACCCAAUUUGUUUCAAACCAAGCAACUAUCUGGCCUUGCAAAGAUGUUUAGCUUUUCAAAUCUGAGAUGAUUAAAGAA